AUGGUACGAGGGGAGGAGAAGGGAGUGAAUCAAGCUUGGAAACCCAAUGGUGAUCAUCCCAGCUCAAACAACAAACCUCUUCAUUGUGUUGCUUGUCAUGCUCUUCAUUGUGACCGUUGUUCUACAAUUACUGUCAGUACUACAACUGCUGCCAGUACUACAACUGCUGCCAGUACUACAACUGCUCUUCCUACUUGUUGUCCUGGUUGUACUUUUGAUGGUAAUCUUUAUAAUUGUGGUACUGGUAUUUGUUCUACUCUUGGUUGCACUUUUGAUGAUUUUGAUUCUGAUGAUUCUAAUCAUCUUUAUGGUUGUUCUGCUGGUACUUGUAAUCCUAGCCUUGGAAAAUAA